CUGAUAUGCUAUCAGAUACUGAUCAAAGAGUUAUCCUUAUUUUGGGAAAAACAUUUUUUGAAGGAUGUGGAGUGGAGGAGAAGGGUUUUGCUCAUGGAAAAUAUUAUCCAGAGGAAGAACCCGUUAGUGGUCCAUCGAGUGCUCCAUCAAGUAUAGUGGAUGCUCGGUUCAAUGGUAGUUUAUACAAUAGUGAAUACACACAGCCCGGACCCUCAAAUAUUUCUAUGCAGAUUCCUACAGAAAAUAAAGCAUUAGAAGAACAAACCAACAAGCCACGACCACAAAAAAGGAGUAUUUCACAACAGCUUCAUGUAGUCGAUCAUGAUUAUUUAGUCACACCAAGAACUAAAAGGCAAAAGGUUACUCCCACAAAUGAAAUCUAUUAUCAAGAGACAAUAAAUCUAUUAAAAAGUAUCGACAGUCAUUUAGAAACCCUAAAUCAUACCCUAAAUGAAAAAUUAGGCGAUAUAACAGAGGCCAUCAGACAGAGACACUCUUAAAGGAACUUUCACUUUUUAGGGAUGAUAUUCGACCUAACUUUACUCUUCUGACUUUAGUUUUAGGUAUUUUUAGAAUUUUUCUUUUUCUAGUUGUAGUGACAAUGACAUCUUGUGUUCCUUUCUUAAUAAAAGCAAACUAUUACUGGUUAUUUUUUUAGCUUUAGAAUAUUUUUUUUAUUUAGAAUGUUGUUUUUGUUUUUACGUUUCUAGCCGCAAUAACAUGUGUUCCUAUAGAGUUAAGGUAAAGUAUUAAUGUGUAUUUUUUCUGCUACAGAAUAUAAAUAAAUCAUAUUUGUUUUUGUA